AUGGCCGAUGCUAAACUAGAGCUCAGUGAUAUGGAGACGAGCUUGUCGAAGAACAAAGCAAAACCAGUCAAGCCUCCCGGGAGGUUUGAGCGGCUGCUACAGCCUUGUGUUGCAGAACUGGUUGGGACCACCUUCUUUGUAUUCAUAGGUUGUGUUUCAGUCAUUGAGAAUGUGGAGACAACAGGGAGACUGCAGCCUGCUCUGGUGCACGGUUUUGCUGUGGCAGUUAUGGUGGCAUGCAUGGCAGAGAUCAGCGGCUCCCACUUCAACCCACCUUUUACACUGGCCAUCUUCUUAUGUGGAGGACUGCAACUUGGCAUGGUUGCCCCAUAUCUAAUCAGUCAGCUCAUUGGAGGGGUACUUGGAGCUGCCAUGUCAAAGGCAAUGACUUCCAAGAUGAAGUACACCAAUGCCACAGGAGCAGCCUUCACCAUCCUGACGUCGGACGAACAGCUGGCGGGAGCACUUUUUGCUGAGGUGGCUAUGACAGCUCUGGUCACCCUUGUGGUGCUUCUGGGAGCUGUGAACAACAAGAGCAAAAGUCCCCUGGUGCCCUUCAUGGUGGGCUGCAGUGUCAUCAUCAAUAUCUUGGCUGGAGGUGAUGUGUCUGGUACAUGCCUGAAUCCAGCGCGGGCUUUCGGGCCUGCUGUGAUGACUAACUACUGGACCUACCACUGGGUGUACUGGGUAGGCCCAUUUGUAGGGAGCCUGGUAGCAGCAGCCCUUGUCAGGUUGCUGCUUGGAGACAACAAGACUCGUAUUAUUAUGAAGUGA